CUCUCUCUCUCUCUCUCUAUCUAUCUAUAUAUAUAAACUACCAUCAUUUUCCCUCAAUCCCAUCACUUCCAUUUCUUGUUCCUCUCUCCUUCUGAUAAAAGUUCAUAGUUGCCCAGAAACAACCAUGGCCGAGGAUGCUUCUAAGACUACACUGGAACAAGCGGUGCUUGCUGAUGAUGUUUCAGAGUCUAUGAAAACUCAAGCACGCUCAAAGAAUCUGCCAGAGAAUGAAGUUGAUAAGGAGAGUACCAUAGUUUCUGAUCUUCCUGAUCAUGAGAAGAAGGCUCUCCAAGAUCUUAAGCUCCUCGUCCAACACGCACUCGACAACCAUCUCUUCUUUGCUUCUCCCAACCCACCUCCGUCCAAACAACAAAAACCGACCAACGACGAGAAAAAAGAAUCAUCAGCUGAGGAAUCGGCUUCUCAUCACGUGUCUCCUGCGGAACCCACAAAAGCAGAGGAAGAAACAGAAAAGACAGAACAACCUGCCCAAGACGAUGAAGCAAAACCCAAGGAAGCUGUAAACGAGAGUGAUGUCGCCGUCACUUCCUCUGUUUCCCCAGCAGAAGCAGGAACAAAAGAAGCUGAAAACGAAGCGGUAUCCAUCUGGGGGAUACCAUUGCUUGCAGAUGAGAGGAGCGAUGUGAUUCUGCUGAAAUUUCUGCGAGCCAGAGACUUCAAAGUGAAGGAAUCGUUCGCCAUGAUCAAGAACACAAUUCAAUGGAGAAAACAGUUCGGAAUCGAGGAAUUGAUGAGUGAAAAGAACUUGGGAGAUCAUUUAGAGAAGGUGGUCUACAUGCAUGGCUUCGACAAGGCAGGACACCCAGUAUGUUAUAACAUCUAUGGCGAAUUACAGAACAAGGAGCUCUACAAGAAGACAUUCUCGGACGAGGAAAAGAGAGAGAAUUUCCUUAGAUGGAGAAUUCAAUUCCUGGAAAAGAGCAUCAGGAAAUUGGAUUUCUCCCCAGGUGGAAUAUCCACCAUUGUUCAGGUCAAUGAUCUCAGAGAUUCUCCUGGACCUAGCAAGUGGGAGCUUAGACAUGCAACCAAACAGGCCCUUCAAUUGCUGCAAGACAACUACCCAGAAUUUGUAGCCAAACAGGUGUUCAUCAAUGUGCCUUGGUGGUACAUGGCAGUGAACAGGAUGAUAAGCCCUUUUCUGACACACAGAACAAGGAGCAAGUUUGUGUUUGCCGGGCCUUCCAAAUCUGCAGACAUUCUUUUAAGAUACAUAGCAGCAGAGCAACUUCCGGUCAAGUAUGGAGGAUUAAGCAAAGAUGCAGAAGUCGGAAAUACCGAUGCUGUUACAGAAGUUAUAGUACGGCAAGCGUCAAAACAUACUGUGGAAUUUCCCGUUAGUGAGAAAUGCCAUGUCUGUUGGGAGGUGAGAGUAAUAGGGUGGGAAGCAAGUUACAGUGCAGAGUUUGUGCCAAUCAGUGAAGGAAGCUAUACAGUGAUAAUCCAAAAGAGUAGAAAGAUUGGUUCAUCAGACGAAGCAGUGGUCUGUGGCAGUUUCAAAACGGGUGAACCUGGCAAGGUUGUUGUCACCAUUGAUAACCCAAGCUCCAAGAAGAAGAAGCUGCUGUACCGUUGGAAGACCCAGCCUUGCUCUGAUUGAAAAUCAUCCUUGUCACAACAUCCGAGAUUUCCCGUUUUGCUUGUUGAAUUAUUCUAUUUUAUAUGCCUCUGGUUAUGUUGUAUGUGUACAAAUUUGAGGAAAUAUUUGCGGCGACAUACUAUCAUAAAUUAUUGAAGCUUGUCAGUUGAGCUUUUUUA